GCCACAAAUCUCUCCCUAUCAUUACUAUGUCCAUUAUACCGAAUGAAUUUGUACACCUUAGGUUCUAAUUUAAACAAACACCAAGUCCAGACACAACAGGAAAAAAAGUAGCUAGAGAGAUUCAGCCAUGGCCUCCAAAUGCAUAGGUGACUGUCUAGACAUCAAAAGCGAUGCGGGAUGUGUCCAUCAGGGAACAACCUAUGCCAACCUUCACAAGUGGCCGGUGGCUGAGGUGGAUUUCGUACGGUCACUCAGUAGCGGCUGUAGCAACCGUUCUACCUCAGUGGUGGAUAGCAUCUCUUAUAGGCAAAUGUACCUUAGGAGCUAUACCUUCUCAAGAGAAGAGGACAAUGAAGAUUUAAGAGGAGAUCUAGAUAGCCAUCAUGAUUCACAUAAGAAACGAACAUGGUUGUUUUGGAGGAGAAAGGAAGAAGGCGGUAAAAAUCAAUAUGAGGGAGAGUAAAAUGCUUCCCCAUAGGGCAUCUGUAGGCAGACUCGUUAAGAAGUGUUUGUCUUGUGCUUGCUCGACUAAGUUUGAUAUAUUGAAGAAAAAAGUUUAUCAACAGAGA